UUAAUUAAGUAUUAAACUAUUUAUAUAAUCUUACAAAAGCCCAAACUUCAAAUAACCCAACAAUAAUAUAAGUAAAUCGAAAAAAACGAAGCUAGAACAACAACAUCAGCAACAACAACACGCUGCUCCGAUCUACUACGUUUUCCGAACCCACGCAGUCACUGUCUAUACACUAAGAAAAACCUGACACCUUAAUGCUGCGACUUGCGCUGCGAAGAGCUUCUUCAACUUCCAUAUCCACCGUCGUCAAACACUCUUCCCGGUCCAUUUCGGGUUCGGCUUCUAAACCGGGCCUAUCCAUAUGGAGGCGGAAGAAAGAGUUGGGUAAAGAAGGUCUCAUCAUUACCAAAGAGCUCAAGAGACUCCAACCCGACCCGGUUCGUCUAGAUCGCUUUGUCCGGUCCAAUGUUUCCCGCUUGCUCAAGUCCGACCUCAUCUCUGUACUCUUUGAAUUCCAAAGACAGGAUAAUGUCUUCCUCUCCAUGAAGUUAUACGAUAUAAUUCGCAAAGAAAUAUGGUACCAGCCGGACAUGUUCUUUUACAGGGACAUGCUUAUGAUGCUUGCAAGAAACAAAAGGGUGGAUGAAACAAAGAGGGUGUGGGAAGAUUUGAGAAGAGAGGGAGUUUUAUUUGAUCAGCAUACAUUUGGAGACAUUAUUAGAGCCUAUCUAGAUAGUGGGUUGAUCUUAGAGGCUAUGGACUUAUAUGAAGAAAUGCGACAAUCUCCUGAGCCGCCUCUGUCAUUGCCUUUUCGUGUAAUAUUAAAAGGACUCAUUCCAUAUCCAGAGUUAAGAGAGAAAAUAAAAGACGACUUUUUAGAGAUUUUCCCGGAUAUGAUCAUAUAUGACCCUCCUGAGGGCUUGUUUGAAGAUCAUGAGAAGUAUAGGGAUGGAUAAGUCUACUGAUGUUGUGGAUGCCAUUGCAAGGCUCUCGUACUUCUACAAGCAUGAAAGCUGCGGGCAAUGCACACCAUGCAGGGAGGGAACUGGAUGGCUUUGGAUGAUCAUGGAAAGAAUGAAAGCUGGAAAUGCCAAGC